CCUAGAGUACGCCGAAUGUCAGCACCUGAAUGCACAGAAACUUGCAAUUGGUGGUGCCUUCUUCGCUGUCCCCUCUUCUCGUGUACGAAUACCUGCUCUCAACAAGCUCGCUUCCGGCUCCUAGCGAUGGACGUACACCUUCGUCAACAGUAUUCCGCCAAAUCCGAUUGCGAACUCUAUACCCUAUCGAUAACGCUGAAGGAGCCAUCCAAGUUACGUCCACCUCAACUGCGGCGCUAAAUGGCUCUCCGCUCAGCUAAACGGUUCUCCGCACACCACCCCGAUGAAAGUCCUCAUGUCCCUUCGCUCUUCCUCAUCUCGUCCUUGUUCCGCGCGAGCUCGUCUUGUGCGGAGAUCCGCUAGCUUUCCGAAGCUACGAACAGUCUACAGUGCGCUGCUGGUGUCGUAUAUACGCUGUUCACUCUGGCAAUAUCAAUGGUUACUACGGCCUUGUGGUCAGAUGCUGGCAGCGACUCUUAUGAGUGUCGGAUUCCCGCGCGUAGACGGUAGAGGGCCAUUUAUCCUCAUCGACAGGUCAAAUCUGGUCGACCUCACGGUAGUCCCGUAUGAUGUCCUCAUACAAAUUAAGGAACGCUGGCGUCAACGAGGGAGAGAGGGCGCAGUAGAAUCAAACGCGAGCGCUCUAGGGGCUAGGCGAGUCCUACUGGUAAGUAGGGGCUCCGGUCAAACACACGCUUACUCCCCCCUAGAACAGCCAUCGCGUUUUCACGAUGCUCACCUCACGCCUGCUCGCCCAGCCCUUGGUGCAAGAUGCGGAGGAGCGAAGAAUAAAGAGGGAGACUGUGGUUAUUGGGAUGAUUAGGUGAUCAAGUGGCCGCCCGAGCGAGGAUUCAUAAGCCUGUCCAUGCGUUUCCUCUUCACCUUCCGAGUCGGGCCUCGCUGCCUUGGUCGCUUUCUCUACCUUUCGAGUCGAG